GUAGUGAGGUGACUUUAAGCAAACAAUUUCCCAUUGAAGCUGUCCGUAUGUAAAGUGUGAUAUGUGAUGAACAAAUUUACAAAAUUGCAACAUUUGGAGUUUCCAAAGGUCUGUUUGCAGAGUCAGUUCCACCGUGUUAGAAGAACCUGUCUGUCUACUCUCACUGGAUUCCACCUGGCUGAAUGUCAUCAUGUGAGCAACUGAAAAAGUCCAAAAUCCAGUGUUACCUGUUUUACCACCCUUUGCCCAACCCAGCUCAUCCCAUUUUAAAGCAGGCUGUGGUGUUCAGUUGAUAUCAUAGGAUCAAGGAAAGCUGUUCAGAGAACACCUCUGACUUACAACAUGGCUACCUCAUGGCCUCCAGAUGAGUUUGUAUGCUCAGUGUGCCUGGAAGUCCUGAGUGACCCAGCUACUCUGCCUUGUGGACACACAUAUUGCCUGCUCUGCAUCCAGAAGCACUGGGACCAGGGGGCAUCCAAAAACCUCUACAGCUGCCCUCAAUGCAGGAAAACGUUUAAACCUCGACCAUCUCUAUCCAGGAGUACUGUGCUGGCUGAGGCCUUGGAGAAAUUAAGACUACAGGCACAGCAGCAAGCCUGUCCUCCAUCUCCAGUCUAUAUCAAUGUUUUGCCAUCUUUGCCAACUUCUCAGGAGGGUUCUAGAGCUGAGAAGGGAUUGUACCCCCAGCUUCCAGUGAGUUCCCCUCGACUUUGCCCAGACCACCAGCAACCACUGGACCUCUACUGCCGUGACCACAAGGUCUUUGUGUGUGAGGACUGUGGGCUGUAUGCCCACAAGGGCCACCAAGUCAUCCGACCUCAUGAACUGAGGAGAGAGAAACAACAAGAGGUGGUUCAGAUGCAGGCGAUAAUUCUAAGGAGAAUUCAAGAGAGAGAGAAGGACCUUCAGGAUCUCCCAAAGGCUCUAGAGGUCUACCAGGACCAGAUGCAGGAGUUUCAGAAGGAGACUAGGGAGACCAUUGUGGAGCUGGUGGAGAAUGUGGAGCUGUUUGGCUCUCAGGUGGAGGAGUUAGUCCUCCAAGCCCACGAGGCCUCCUCAGAGAGCCGGAGAGAGGCUCACCUAUACAGACUGCAGCAGGAGGUGGCCCAGCUCCGCAGGCAGGACCAAGAGCUGCGCUCCCUCUCCUGCACACCAGAUGACGUCAGGUUCCUGGAGGAGCUUGGAACCCUCUCUGCUCAAGGGCUGGAUGGAGGUGGAGAGAUUAUUGAUCCACAUUUUGAAGCAAUGAAGUCUGGAGUCAAAGCAAAACUGGGCAGAAUGAGAGAAGGGCUACAGGAUCUUAGCAAAGACAUUCUGUCUCAGAUAUUCAGAAUUGUUAAUGAUGCCAAUUCAGCACGCAUGGGUAACAGUCAAGAAGCAAGCGCUGGACCCACUUACUCAAAUGUUGCAUCAGCUGAAGGCCCACCACUUCCAGCACGUCCCCCAGGAAUGACUCGCUCUGCAACUGUGGCAAGCCCAGCGCGCGCCAGACCUGACGUCCCACCGCCACUCCCAGAGAGAUCUCCAGCCAUGAUGCGAGCCGCAACCCUACCUGCUCAAAGGCCCACAAACAACCUUCUUGCAAACCCAAUGCCCAAAACCAGAGAAGAGCUGAUGAAAUAUCGCUUUGAGCCCACACUGGACCUCAACACAGCAUACCGCCACAUCCGCAUCUCUGAAGGAGACCGGAAGGCCACUCUGCGAGCGGAGGUGGUGCAUGCGUCUGAGCACCCCGACCGUUUCAUCUUCUGGAGGCAGGUGCUGUGCAGGGAACCCUGCGUCGGGAGUCCCUACUACUGGGAGGUGGAGUGGACAGGGCAUAAGGUGACUAUCGGUGUGACCUACAGGGAAGUGGAGCGGGCGGGCAGUGAUAACCGCUCCAGACUGGGGUAUAACCCCCACUCCUGGGGUCUCUACUGGUCUGGCACAGCCUUCUCCCUGUGGCACAAUGGCAAGGAAACUGCCCUGCCAGGGCCUAAAGCCCACCGGAUCGGCGUUUACCUGGACCAGCAGGAAGGCCUGUUGGCCUUCUACAGGGUCACCCAUGGAAAAGCAGAGCUCAUCCAUUGCCUCAGGGAAGACUUCUCCAGCCCACUCUUCCCAGGAUUCCGGUUCUGGACUGGCGUUGGUGCCACGAUCUCUAUCUGCCAGCUGGAGUAGGGAGGUGGAACAUAACCAGUACCAGUGACGGUUGAUAUCUGUCUGAUGUCCAGUGGGUGCUCCACUAUAUUGACGAUUUCUGUAAUGAUGGUAUUCGUGCUGUUUGAAUGACUGAAGAGAUUUAAGUCCUGGAUAUAUACUCAAUCCUAAACCUGAACACCUAGAAUACACUUUAAUGGUCCAUUUUGUUUAGUUUCU